AGGAUUCCGUACUAGAAAGGCUGUAUGGAAAAAGUGAUAUUCUUGAAGGUGGUAAUGCCUUAAAUGUUGUUGAAAAUCCAUCAUUUCUAUCUAUUGUCCCAGCUGCGAAAGAAAAGAGUCCAUUACCUACAAACACUGUUUCUAAUGGGUUAAGUACUACUAUUACAAGUAGACCUCAAACAACAAAACAAAUUGAAACUCGUACUUCAGAUGGACGAAGAAGGAUUACUCCGAUCUUCAUUCCUCUUUCCCAAGAAAACAAUGAAGAAAUAGCUCCGUUCGGUUCAGAUACAAUGCCAUCUUUUUCAUCAUGCCAGAAAUCACGCAUUAUUGUUGAAAGGAGAGAUGAUGUAGUCGUUCCUCCCAAUGUAACUCCUGCAAAAUCAACUCCAACAACAAGCAGUCAGAUCUCAAGCAUUACUUCAAAUAAAUCAAACACACCCAACACCAAUCUUCUUAGUCCAAGUGUUACAGAAAGUGGAGGUUUCACUGGACUUGUCAGUAUGGUUGAAAAAAUGGAAACUAGGAAAGAAAAAGAGAAGGAGAAAAAUGACUCUGAUAAAACUCCAAAACUAAGUCAUAAAGCAAAACGGCGGAAAUUAUCUGUUUGUCCUGAACCAGCGGAGCCUGAAGUACAUACACCAAGAUUAUUAUUACCCCCUCUCUCUGCCAAUACAGCCUCUAUUGCGAGGCUUUGGAGGAGUAAUAACUACAUAAGGAUAGAAAACGGAGUACAAAAAGGUACUCAUGGAUAUAUAUCAGUUAUAAAAUUUAUUUCUCCUGAUGAACCGAAACCUCUUUGGGAGAUGGCAUUGGGUAGUGAAGUGGUUUCAUGCGUGGGGACAUCAACAGUUAUUGCUGUUGCUACUUCCGAUCACUGCCUCCGAUUGGUGAGUUGCGUUGGUGGCGAGCUGAUGCUUCCUCCAAUCGCCCUUGGUGCUCCAACCUCAGUACUGAAACUGUCUUCCGGUUACUUGCUGGUUGUUACGACAACCGGUAGGUUAUCUGUUUGGUGCUUGUCUGGUUCUGGUGAGCCACGGGCCUUACUUUCUAAUGAAAGUGUUUCCCCCCUUGCCCCACAGCAAGGUGAAAUGAGGAUAAAGGAUUGUUCUGUAUCCAAAUCUGGAGAACCACUGUUAGCUCUUUCUUCAGGGAAGGCUUACUUCCAUUCCUCGCGUCAUAAUUCAUGGUUUUUGAUUGGAAACCACAAUGACCCUGUUCAAAGAAAUGCUCAUUCAGGGUAUAGAAAUACGCAAAGGAGUUUAUCUCCUACUGGAGAGAGUUUGCCCUUGAAGUCAAUACAAGCUGCUGCACUCAAUGGGACUGGUGUUGGUGCAAAUAGAGGUGUGGGUCCAACAUCUGAGCUUGCACCCCUUUGUACUCUAACGUACCUCGACUCACAACUCUCAGCCUCUCUCGCUCUUGGUUCCCAGCAAGAGUAUAAAUUCUGGCUUCUUGCACAAGCAAGGUUUCUUGUCCAGAGAGGUCUUGAAAAACGUUUAAAACGUUUAUGUGAAGAACUCCUUGGACCUACACAUACAAGUUGGAGUCAUACGAGUAGUAAUUGGGAGGAAGAAAUUCUAGGUCUAAAAAAGCAUUCCCUACUGGAAGAAAUCCUGCAAGAAGCAGCAAGUAAUCUGAAACUCCAGCGGUUGGUUACCGAAAUACGCGAUCAACUGACUUCUCGGUUAUUUCCAAUCAUUGAUAAUGUAAAUAUGCCAUAACAGCCAUCUAUUUAAUAUAGGUUCAUUAUAAAAGAAAAUAAUCGGUAUAUAAAAAUGUAUUUAUAGUAUAUAAAAUAUUUAUAAUUGUACAUAAAUGAUUAGGUAAUUGUUUUACUUGUUAGAAAUUAAAUAAAGGCUAAUUACUUGAUAUAAUCGAUAGUUUUGGCUUUAAGGAAUGUUUAUUUUUUAAAUAAAAUUUUAUUUUCUUUAAAUAUUUUGUACUAUGUACAAGUGUAGUAAUAACUGUAUUUGAUGUUGUCAUAACUUGAAUUUAUGCUGUGUAUAGCAAGUUUAACUGCCUAAGCACAAAUUUUGUUUUUGUAUAACAUUGUAUAAAUCCGUUUAAGUAGUUGGCCUUUAUUUUUUGUAUUAUAAAUUUUGGUUACCCAAGCUAAUAAUUUUCAGAAUGCUGUACAGGCAUUUUCGCUGGAAAUUCUUGAGUAUAUGAUUUGAAUACAUUAGGGUCCUUGAAUAUAAUCAGAUUAUUUUCUACAAAAAGUUUGAAACUUUUUUUUUCAUUGUUACUUUUAUGCAUGUAAACUUUGCCUUCCAGUAUUAAAUAAAUAUUUAAUGCAACUUGAUGUUAUUUUAAUUUCAUAACGUUUUGUAUUUAUUGUAUUUAAUUUUUCCAGGUUUCUGCUUGUAGAGCUUUUUGUAAUUUUUUAGUUAUCAUAUACUUUUUAUUUAGAAUGUGUAUAUGAAUAUCCAAUAUAUUUAUCUGUUCAAAAGUCAUCACUAUUUAGGUUGUGAAUGAGAGAAAAUAAGAAUGAAUAUGUGAAAAUUAUGGUAUUAGUGUUGGCAUUAAAUGAAAUGUUUUAAUAUAAGCAUUAUUGUAUAGAAGUCAAUUCAUAUAAAUUUUUUUUAUUGUAAGUAAGCUUUAAUAAUAAGUCUACUUAAACAGA